AUGACCGAGACUGCCGUGGACGCGAUUCUCUUCCUGGCCACGAACCUGGACCCAGACACGAAGCUCUCGCAUUUCGGCAAGGACCUGACGAGGGCACAGUUGCGUGAGGCCAUCCACAAACAGUCGAAGAUGGUGCUCCACUCAGAUCCACCUCGCCAGACCCACAUGCGGAACCACCUCCUGGAGUUCUUCAUCGAGGAUGUCGCCGUCGAUUACGGCUACAAGCAGUGCUUCCUGGCGAAGAAAGAGCCGCAGCCCGUCCCAGCCCCGCGCGUCGAGGGUGGUCAGCCUUCUUCGAGCGGUGGCCCUGCGCAGGGCAGCAGCAGCAGCGACAGUGACUGAGCCUCUAGCUUCAGUCGACGGGUCGGCGCCGAUGCGAAUGGAUAUGUCAGGGCCACCUGCGACUUUUUUGAUGCCCGUAGACUAGUUCGGCCGCGCUUUCGCUCUCUUGAUGUCGGCAUCGGCAUCGCACCGCCAGGCGGCACCGAUCGAUUGGCGAGCCUGGGCG